AUGUCUUCACACUUUUUUAGAAAUAGAUACGAUGAUGAUUUAAUGUUUGAUGAUAUGGAUGAUGAUAUGACUGAUCCAAUGCAAGAACCAAAGGUUAUUGUACAUCAAGAUUUUUUCAAUAAUUUUGAAGAUGAUAUUGAUGAAGAUGAAUUAAUUGAUAAUACCAACAAAUAG